GAGCUUUGGGGCUAAACUCCAGCCUCAUGGAUUGGUUUAAUCUGAAGAACAUUAAAAUAGUAGAACAUUUUCUGUCUUGGCAAGAGUUGUAGUGUUGAAAUUUCAAGAAGAAGAUUUAAAUUUGUCCAUGAGACUGUAAACUUCUUGAAGGCAAGGACUCAUCUCUGUACCCCUGAUGCAUAAUUGAUGUUCUUCAAAUGUUUGCUGAUUUGAGUUGAACUGAUGAGAAUAACAAAACAGCAUUUGAGACUCAAAGUCUCCCAGGUUUUCCUUAUAUAAUUUACAAGGACUUCCCUGGCAAGCCAUCCUUUCUUCUUCGUUUAAAAAAUUUCACUUUAUUAUGUUCAUCUUUGAUGUGGAACAUUUUUAUGGCCUUCUGCUGUGACUCAUUUUGGUGCUGAGUUAUCUGCUUCCUUGGAGCCCAGCCCUUCCUUUUAAGCUGUGGCAUUCAGGCUUCCCAAAGUCAGCUUGCCUGCGGGUAGAGAUCACAGCAAAAUGUGCAAAUGAUAUUCCAACUUCUAGGUAAAAACAGACAACUAAAAUUAAAAACCCUAUAUCAUGUAAGUCACCUGGAAAAAAAAAAAAAACCUACACACGCAAAAAAAGAAAACAAAAACCCAAGGUAUUUGUAUAUAUUCUGUUAACUCUUGACUGGCUAAAGGGAGUUAUCUGUUCUGCAGUGAUAAAAAGGUGACCCAAGACAAUCUCCCCAACUUACAAAAAGUUCUGAAGUUUUACAGUGGAGUCCAAUUAAACUGGCAUUUAACUUCAGAAACUAUGCCGCUGUGUAAUGUAAUCAUCACAACAAAAUACAAAUUAAUUAAUAUAGAUGAACAAAGUUUACAGGUUCAAUAUGAAAACAGAAUGGGGGUAAAGGGAAGUAGGAAAAGUUUAGAGUGCUCCAUGUGCCCUUCAUUUAUCACCAAGAGAUUUGCUCCGUCUGUUAGUGUAAGUCAGAGUUUCUCAAUCUUUAGUGUGCUUACGAAUUAUUAUUAUUGUUUAUCUCAAACACAUAUUUUGUCUUAUGGGUGAUUAAAGAGCUCUAAAAGGGACAUGUUAACUAUCUUUAGACACUCUCCUCUAACAAUAUUUCUAUACCUAUAUUAUACAAGAAAACUAAUGAAGAUUGGCAGUCAAAUUCCUGGAGAGACCUUUGACCCUUCUCUGUCUUAAAAUUUUCACUUCUGAAGUAGAAAGUCGGGUCCCUGGUCUUCUUAUCCUGCAUUUUGGGCAUAAAGAAGCCUAGGUGCCAUUACUGUAAUCAUGAUGACCUCUUGGAGGCACAUCAGUAGGGCUAUCUGGGCUGUGACAUGCCAUCGGAUAUCAUUUAGGGGGCUUCAAGUCUGGCUUCUUGCUGAGAUGCUGUGGGAUGCCUCAAAAACUUCCUGCAUGGCUAGUGUAACUAUCAGGCUUUAUAUCUUUGUUAAAUACAAGCAAAUGUUAACAGCAUCUGCGGAGAGGGUAAGAUGCCAAUCCUCCCAAAUUUCUCUUCCAGGCAGGGGGUUGUCCUGCCACUCUCAGAACUGGAUGUCAUCUGCUGCUCUCUUGUCACACUGACACGGCCCCCUGGCUGGGCUGAUUGGUCGCUGGCAAUAACUGAUAUGGAAUACCGAUGUUCUCUCCGGCAGUUCCUUCCACUCUAAAGAGACUCCUUUCCAUACCUCUUCUCGUCUUCCCUAGCCCAGCCGAGUGCCCACCCUCCCCCGGCCAUGCCUCCCCUGCACCUGGGGAGCGGGAGGACCAGUCCUGGGCAUGAUGCUCUGAGACUCUGAAACGGUGGUGAAAUCCACCAGGCUGCUUUCACUCCGGCUCGCUCUCGGGAGAGUCCUGUUCCAGACUUCUCAGGGUUUUUACAGCACAAACAACUGCAUACGGCCCGAGGGGAGGCUGAAAAGGACUUGUGUGGUGGUUUUAUUGCCUGUCAUCACUUUGCUGGCCUCCUCCCGACUGGAGCCUGGCGGUUCACAGUGGAUUUCUUUCUGCUGAAGACACCAAGGCACUGAGGAAGGAUCCCUUCUCCUUCUGUUGACUCUUUCUAUUUUUAUGGUUUAAGUUUAUCUAUUCAUGGGGCUGAAAAGCGUUUGCAAAUCCAUCAACGGCGAAGUGUGGCAAGCCGCCCAGCGUCACGUCGUCACUUGCCUGUUGUCAGGCAUUCCUCACUUCCACCAGGCAGAAGAUCAAUAAAAAUGGAGGCGAGCUCUUCUGGAAUCACUAAUGGAAAAACCAAAGUCUUCCACCCAGAAGGAGGUGUGGAUUUGCAAGGCUACCAGCUGGAUAUGCAAAUACUACCUGACGGGCCAAAGAGUGAUGUGGACUUUUCAGAGAUUCUUAAUGCAAUACAAGAAAUGGCCAAGGAUGUCAAUAUCCUUUUUGAUGAAUUAGAAGCUGUCAGUAGUCCUUGCAAGGAUGACGAUUCUCUUCUUCACCCUGGAAACUUGACAAGUACUUCAGAUGAUGCCAGCAGAUUGGAAGCCGGGGGAGAGACAGUGCCAGAAAGAAACAGAUUAAAUGGACUCUACUUCAGAGAUGGAAAGUGUCGAAUUGACUACAUCCUUGUGUACAGAAAAUCGAACCCCCAGAUUGAAAAGAGAGAAGUAUUUGAAAGAAAUAUUAGAGCAGAAGGAUUGCAAAUGGAGAAAGAGUCCUCUCUAAUAAAUAGUGACAUUAUCUUUGUGAAGUUGCAUGCCCCAUGGGAAGUCCUUGGAAGAUAUGCAGAACAAAUGAAUGUAAGAAUGCCUUUCAGGAGAAAAAUCUAUUACCUGCCCCGCCGGUACAAGUUCAUGAGCAGGAUCGAUAAACAAAUAAGCAGGUUUCGGAGAUGGUUACCUAAGAAGCCAAUGAGGCUGGACAAGGAGACACUGCCAGACCUGGAGGAGAAUGACUGCUACACUGCCCCUUUCAGCCAGCAAAGGAUCCAUCACUUCAUCAUACACAACAAAGAAACAUUCUUCAACAAUGCCACAAGAAGUAGAAUUGUGCAUCACAUUUUACAAAGAAUAAAAUAUGAAGAAGGAAAAAACAAGAUUGGUUUGAAUCGUUUGCUUACCAAUGGCUCCUAUGAAGCUGCAUUUCCCCUGCAUGAGGGAAGUUAUAGAAGUAAAAACUCCAUUCGAACCCAUGGAGCAGAAAACCACCGACAUCUACUCUAUGAGUGCUGGGCCUCCUGGGGCGUGUGGUAUAAAUACCAACCUUUGGAUCUUGUAAGGAGGUACUUUGGAGAGAAGAUUGGGUUGUAUUUUGCCUGGUUGGGCUGGUACACUGGCAUGCUCUUCCCAGCUGCCUUCAUUGGAUUGUUUGUCUUUUUGUAUGGCGUCACCACUCUGGAUCACUGCCAAGUCAGUAAAGAAGUCUGCCAAGCUACAGAUAUCAUCAUGUGUCCUGUGUGUGAUAAAUACUGUCCAUUCAUGCGGCUGUCAGACAGCUGUGUAUAUGCCAAGGUAACCCACCUUUUUGACAACGGAGCCACUGUCUUCUUUGCUGUUUUCAUGGCAGUCUGGGCAACAGUUUUCCUGGAGUUUUGGAAAAGACGGCGAGCAGUAAUUGCUUAUGACUGGGAUUUGAUAGACUGGGAAGAAGAGGAGGAAGAAAUACGACCCCAGUUUGAAGCCAAGUAUUCCAAGAAAGAACGGAUGAAUCCCAUUUCUGGAAAACCAGAACCUUAUCAAGCAUUUACAGAUAAAUGCAGCAGACUUAUCGUUUCUGCAUCUGGAAUAUUCUUUAUGAUCUGCGUGGUGAUCGCUGCUGUGUUCGGGAUUGUCAUUUACCGAGUGGUGACUGUCAGCACUUUCGCUGCCUUUAAGUGGGCGUUAAUCAGGAAUAACUCUCAGGUUGCAACCACAGGGACGGCUGUGUGCAUCAACUUUUGUAUCAUUAUGUUGCUGAACGUGCUCUAUGAAAAGGUUGCGCUACUUUUGACGAAUUUAGAACAGCCUCGCACAGAGUCUGAGUGGGAGAACAGCUUCACCCUGAAAAUGUUUCUUUUUCAGUUUGUCAAUCUGAACAGCUCCACAUUUUACAUCGCAUUCUUCCUUGGAAGAUUCACAGGACACCCAGGUGCCUACUUGAGGCUGAUAAACAGGUGGAGACUAGAAGAGUGCCACCCUAGUGGAUGCCUUAUUGAUCUGUGUAUGCAAAUGGGUAUUAUAAUGGUGCUAAAGCAGACCUGGAAUAAUUUCAUGGAACUUGGCUACCCGUUAAUUCAGAAUUGGUGGACUAGAAGAAAAGUACGACAAGAACAUGGACCUGAAAGGAAAAUAAGCUUCCCACAAUGGGAAAAGGACUACAACCUUCAGCCGAUGAAUGCCUAUGGACUCUUCGAUGAAUACUUAGAAAUGAUUCUUCAGUUUGGAUUCACAACUAUUUUUGUGGCAGCUUUUCCCCUAGCACCACUUCUGGCCUUACUGAAUAACAUAAUUGAAAUUCGACUUGAUGCUUACAAAUUUGUCACACAGUGGAGGAGACCUUUAGCUUCAAGGGCCAAAGACAUAGGAAUUUGGUAUGGAAUUCUUGAAGGCAUUGGAAUUCUCUCUGUUAUUACAAAUGCAUUUGUCAUAGCAAUAACAUCUGACUUUAUCCCUCGCUUGGUGUAUGCUUAUAAGUAUGGACCUUGUGCAGGCCAAGGAGAAGCUGGGCAAAAGUGCAUGGUUGGCUAUGUGAAUGCCAGUUUGUCUGUAUUUCGAAUUUCUGACUUUGAGAACCGAUCUGAGCCUGAGUCUGAUGGCAGUGAGUUCUCGGGGACUCCUCUCAAGUACUGCAGAUACCGGGACUACCGUGACCCGCCUCAUUCACUGGUGCCCUAUGGCUACACACUGCAGUUUUGGCAUGUCCUAGCUGCUCGAUUAGCUUUUAUCAUUGUCUUUGAGCACCUCGUGUUUUGUAUAAAGCACCUCAUUUCAUAUCUGAUCCCAGACCUCCCAAAAGACCUAAGGGAUCGAAUGAGAAGAGAGAAGUACUUGAUUCAGGAGAUGAUGUAUGAAGCAGAACUGGAACGUCUUCAGAAGGAACGAAAGGAGAGGAAGAAGAAUGGAAAAGCGCACCACAAUGAGUGGCCAUGAUCAUGUAGAAAAUAGUCCCUUUCCAGGCCAAGGACCUGAAUUAUGUUUACUUCUCCUGGCUGUGCAAAAGCACACUCAAGUGAAUGACUAAAAAUGCAACCGCAGUGCAUGUUGCAGAUACUGGCAGCCGCAGGAGGGUCAGCAUCUAGUAGAGGACUGAUGUUGGAGUCACACUGCUGUGAAAUCACGUUGCAGUCCAGCGCACAAUUGCUAUCUAUCCAUAGACCAUUCUUGACCAAGCAAGCAUGCACAUUAUGGGCAGUUACAUUCUCACGUUUUUAAAAUCAAGGGGAACUUGUAUACUGGGCCUGUUUUUCAGCCUGUUUGCUACCUUUUUUGCAUUCUAUCUGUGUGAAUUUUACAGACCUUGGGCUAAAAAGGGUAUUCAGACACAUGGACACACAUUCCUAGAAUGUCAUCAUAUGGUCCUAAUUCCAUGUCACCAACAAUACAGACAAGACCCUGUUUACAACUUUUUCUUUCCUUUUUUUUUUAAUUUUAGACUUUCUGAGAAGAUGAUUAUAUAUGACAUAUCUAUAGCUAUGUGUAUGGCCAUAGAUGUAUUUCUGUGUGUACAUAUGUAUAGUCAUGUAUUCCUACAUAUGUACAUACAAAUACAGAGAUAUAUAAAGUACAUAGAAAUUCCUUACUUGUAAAUAGCCAAAAAGUACUGACAUGAAUGACGAGUUUUCACAUAUAAAUAGUCAACAUAAAGCCAUGAUUAAUGCUUGUAUAAUGUGAUGCAAUAAAAUUUAAAAUAAAUUUAUGCACAUGGAAUAUUUUC